AUGCGUUUCGGAAAGACCCUUCGCGAGUCGAUAUACCCGCCAUGGAAGGACAAGUACGUCGACUACGGCAAGCUCAAGAGCCUCCUGCGAGAGGACAAGAGGGAUGACGAGACCGUGUGGACCGAAGAGGACGAGGGCCGUUUCUGCGACGAAAUCUUCAACGUCCAGCUAGAAAAGGUUGCCCAGUUCCAACAGGAGCGCUUCGAUGCCCUGAAGCAGAGAGUCGAGGCUGCUUUUGCGAAGCUCAAGGAGCUAGCUCCCCCUCCCGAGUCCGGCGCCGAGGCCGGUGCUGCCGAGGGGAGCAGCAAGCCAGGCCUCAGCCGCGAAGAGCUGACCCCGAAGCUCAAGGAACUCGAGGGAGAGCUCGACGAGAUCACCAAUGAGGUCAAGGCCUUGAAGAAGUACAGCAACAUCAACUAUACCAGCUUCCUCAAGAUUGUCAAGAAGCAUGACCGGAAGAGGGGCGAUCGCUACAAGGUGCGGCCGAUGAUGCAGCUUAGCUUGGCCCAGCGCCCCUUCAACUCGGAGCAGGGCUACUCGCCUCUGCUGAACAAGCUGUCCGUCAUGUAUUUUGCCAUUCGACAGCAAUUGGAGGAAGGUGAUCAGGCACCGGUCGAUUUCGAGGCGUCGGCAGAGACACACAACGGCGAGCGAUACACGGCUCACAAGUUCUGGGUGCAUCCCGACAACUUGCUGGAAGUCAAGACGCUGAUCCUGCGUCGCCUCCCCGCCCUCGUCUACAGCGAACAAUCCGCCAAGGAGCUUGACGGCUCUGACUCGCCUUCCAUCACCUCCCUCUAUUUUGACAACUCCAAGUUCGAGGUAUACUCUGAAAAGGUCGAACAACAGUCGGAGGUGACUUCUUUACGUUUGCGAUGGUACGGCCAACUGAGCACCAAACCAGAAAUCUUUGUUGAGCAAAAGUCGGCCGAUGCCACCGGCAGGAGUGAGGAGCAAAAGUUCACAAUCAAAGACAAGUACAUUAAGCAAUUCCUCGACGGAGAGUACUCGACGGAAAAGGCGAUACAGAAGAUGGAGAGACAAGGCGCGACCGCAGAGCAGAUUGAAGCUUUCAAAUCGACCGUUGCCAGGGUCCAGGAAUUCCAACAGAGGAGAAAGCUGACACCAGUGUUGAGGGCCAACUAUGUCCGUACCGCGUUCCAGAAGCCUGCUGAUGACCGCGUUCGCAUCUCCAUCGACACUGACGUCGCUUUUAUCCGCGAGGACACCUUGGACAAGAGGCGACCCUGCCGAGAUCCCAAUGAGUGGCACCGAACUGAUAUCGACAACAGCAACAUGAAGUACCCGUUCCAGAACAUCAACCAGAGCGAAGUAUCCAAAUUUCCUUAUGCCGUGCUGGAGAUCAAGUUGAAGGAGGACGGCAACCGCAAGCGGCCAUCCUGGAUCGAGGAUCUGAUGGGCUCUCACCUGGUGCACCCAACCCCUCGCUUCUCCAAGUUCGUCCACGGAGUUGCCUCUCUCUUCGACGACUACGUGAACAACUUGCCCUUCUGGCUUGGUGAUCUCGAGACGGAUAUCCGCAAGGACCCGCAAAAGGCGUUUGAGGAGGAGGAGCAACGCCGGGCGCAGCGCGCCGAUGACGCCAUGGCCGUCGGAAGUCUCAUUGGAACGGUGCCAAGCUCUUACAAGGUAGCACAGAGCUCACCUGUUGGAAAGUCAUAUCUCGCUGAUCGCAUGGCGGCCGAUGCCACGGCGUACCUGUCCCGAUCUCUACGGCAGAGGCAGCCUCCUCAAGGCCAAGAAGAAGAGGGAGAGGGCAGCUCCCGAGCGCAGUCAGGCUACGGGACCCUGUCGUCCGUUCUCCCUGGCCUGUCCCUCUCCAAGUAUGCCGUUGCCAAACGAGCUCAGGCUCGUCUCCCCGACGGUGUAGUGGAGCCUUCGCAGUGGAUCAAGAACACGGGAGAGCUCAAGGUCGAGCCCAAGGUAUGGCUGGCCAACGAGCGAACGUUUCUCAAAUGGCAGCACAUUGCGAUCCUGCAAGGCACUCUGGCUCUGGCGCUGUACUCGGCUGCCGGAGACAAUGCGAUUGCGCAGUGGAUUGGAAUUGCGUACAUUGCCAUUGCGGCGUUUGCGGGCAUCUGGGGCUACAGCAUCCUGCAGUCUCGCCGAACCAUGAUUAUGGAGAGGAGCGGCAAAGACUUUGACAACAUGGUUGGGCCGAUCAUCAUCAGCGUGGCUAUGAUGCUUGCGCUCAUUGUCAAUUUCAUCCUUCAGUAUCAAAAGGCGUUUGCCAAGAUGAAGAAUGUUGACGCGGAUGUGCCGAUUACGGAUGAGUUGAUUUAA